CUUAUGAUUUUAUCAGUUAACAGUUUGUUGACAGUAAUUAAUUUCAUUUUGAUUAUUUAAACAUUAAGUUGGAAUGAUACUAGCCACAGUGCAGCAUCGAUGUAAUAAUUAUGGCUUCUGUUCAGAAUGAUAGCAACCGAGGUAUUUCGGAGUCCGACUCCGAUUCGGAAACUAAACCAUUACUUCUUGGAUCGCCAGUGCGACAAGAUACAUCCAACAUGUAUGAGAAAGAAAAGGAUGCGGCCGCUGUCGAGGUGGCCGAGAAUGGCGGCACAGUACCAAGUAAACCCAAGGGAAAAAUUACUGGACAAAGGCUUUUUGUGGUUGCAAGUAUAUUAGUAACGGAGCUUUGUGAAAGGUUGACUUAUUACAGUGUUGUGGCUAACAUGGUGCUAUUCUGUACAUCAGAACUCGGCUACACCAGCGAACAGGCUUCAGUUGUUACCCUUGUCUUUUCAGGUACCGUGUACUUGAUCCCAGUUAUUGGUGGAUAUGUUGCAGACUCACUGGCAGGAAAGUACAACACCAUUCUUGGAUCUGGUCUUAUAUAUGUGUUAGGUCUGUUCUUGCUUCCGGCAUCUGCUGUGGACUACAGAAAGUGGUUUGGAGGAGAAGAGGACCUCAGUAUUGAUGCCAGGAAAGGCUAUUUCUUCAGUGGCCUCGUGCUUGUUGCCAUAGGAACAGGAGGGAUAAAGGCCAAUGUGGGACCAUUUGGGGCCCAACAGGUUGAUGAUCUGGGAGCAGAUGCUGUACAGUCCUUCUUCAACUGGUUCUACUGGUUUAUCAAUGCUGGUGCUGUGGUUGCAUAUUCCGGUGUGGCAUAUGUACAACAAGAAGUUGGUUUUGACUUUGGGUUCCUCAUUCCUCUGAUCAGUAUGAUAAUAGCCCUAAUCAUCUUCAUGGUAGCCAAAGCCAAGUACAAACAUACACCAACUGGAGGCAGUAUUCUUACAUCAUCUUUCAAUGUCUGUUGUCAGAGUAUUAAUGGUUGCAAUAAUCCGUCAUGGAAACAUGCUCAGCAGGAACAUGGGGGUUCAUACAGCAAGGAAAUGGUAGAGGGAGUUAAAGCUGUACUGAGGGUCUUACCCGUCUUUCUUCUAGUCAUUAUUUACUGGGCGGUGUACUCUCAGAUGAGCACUUCAUUGUUUUUGCAAAGUGAGAGAAUGAACAUCUCAGUUGGAGAUGCAAAACUUCCAGCAGCUAUGUUGAACAUUUUCAACACACUUAUAAUCCUCAUUCUAAUACCUAUAAUGGACAGAAUCGUGUACCCGCUCCUCGCCAGGUAUGGAAAAAGUCCUACACAUCUACAGAGAAUUGGUAUAGGUAUGAUUCUUGCAGCACUUGCCAUGUUGUAUGCUGGAAUGAUGGAAAUUAUCCGAAAGAACGACAUCAGAGACAAUGGCUAUAUAACUCAGUCACUUUCAAAGGAUGAAUUUAACGCAUCACAUUUGUCCAUGUUUGCUCAGAUACCAGAAUUUGCUUUCAUUGGAUCAAGUGAAGUGUUUGCCAGUAUCUCAGGUCUGGAGUUUGCAUACACACAAGCUCCACAGUUCAUGCAGGGGCUUAUCAUGGGGUUGUUCCUGAUGACCUCUGGUUUAGGAAGUUAUGUUGCAUCACUGAUUGUAGCAAUUGUUGGAGCAUGGAGGAAAGAUGAUGCAUCAGACUGGUUCCCCAAAGAACCUAAUAAUGGUCAUUUGGAAUACCUUCUGUUUUUACUGGCCGCCCUGACCUUCAUCAACUUAUUUAUAUUUGUUAUCGUGGCAAGGUGGUAUAAAUACAAGAAACCAGACUUUGAGCAGGAAAGGGAUAUUCCGGUUGAUCCGGAAAACGUUCAUGUGUAUGAAAACGGGACAUACCAAGAUAAUGAAAAGAAAUCGUGGCCACCAGAGUAUUCUGAGACAUCGAAGUUAUAAAACCAGGAGAAGGAGUGAAACUAGGAGCAAAAGUCAAAAUAUUUCAAGAAAGUAUUUGUUAAAAGAUACAGGCAUAUAUCUGUAGCAGUUGAAAAACAUCUGUGUAAAAGUGAUCAAUAUAUAUAUUCAGAAGUAAAAGUUUUGCUUUGUAGAUGAGAUGUAAUGAAGUAUAUGUAGAUGCAACCUAUGGAUUCAUAAAUGAUAACACAAAUAAUAAGGUUGAUGUUCUUCCAUUUGAGGAAACGCUGUCAUUGUUUAUUAAGCCUUUAAUGAAUUGAUUAUUCCUUAAAGCAUAUCAGAUCAGGUAAUGCUUUUUAUGAUUGUUUUCUACAUGUCACUUGUAUUAACUAUUUGUUGGGACCAUUCCACAUAUAUACGAGUAAAGCUUGUACAUAUUCUAUAAAAAAAAUAACACUAGCUCAGAUCUUGUAGAUAUAUACCCUUGUAUAAGCUUUCUGGUGUAAUCAGAAAUACAUGUAUAUGGAAUCAAUAUAAAAUGGAAUGGUUUACAUACGUAAUGUUUUUAGCUCACCGGUCACGUAGUGACAGGGUGAGCUUUUGUGAUCACCCUUCGUCCGUCGUCCAUCAGUUCACAAUUUCCUUGUGAACACGAUGGAGACCACAUUUUGUACUUGAUUUUAAUCAAACUUGCACACAACUUGUAUGGGCAUAAUAUCUCGGUUCCUUUUCGAAAACUGGCUAGAUCCCAUCAUGGGUUCCAGAGUUAUGGCCCCUUAAGGGCCAAAAUUUGCCAUUUUUGGCUUGUGAACAUGAUAGAGACCACAUUUUGCAAUCAACUUUAAUCAAUCUUGCACGCAACUUGUAUUGGCAUAAAAUCUUGGUUCCUUUCGAAAACUGGCCAGAUCAUAUCAUGGGUUCCAGAGUUAUGGCCCCUUAAAGGGCCAAAAUUUGCUAUUUUGGCUUUUGCAGCCAUAUAGAGACUUCAUUUAUUUACCUUGGAUUCCAUGAUGAAUCUUUUGGAUAGGUUCCGGAGUUACAGCCCCUGAUUGACCCCUAAAAGAGCCAAAAUUUGGUAAUUUUUACCUUGUGAACAUGAUACACACAACUUAAGUCACAAUAAGAUCUGGGUUCGUUUCGAAAUCUGGCUAGAUUCCAUUAUGGGUUCUAGAGUUACUGCCCCUGAAAGGGGCAGAAUUUUCUAUUUUGGACUUUUCAGCCAUAUAGAGGUUUCAUUUAUGCUUUGAUUUGAUACAAACUUGCACAGAAUGAUUAUCUUGAUGAUCUCUAUAUGGAUCGAAACUAGGUCAUGUCGGGUCAAAAACUAGGUCAUCAGGUCAAAUAAUAGGAAAAGCUUGUAAACAACCUAGAUCGUAACCCCAUUUAUGACCCUAUCUUCAUGAAACUUGGUCAGACUGUUUAUCUUGAUGGUUCCUAGGCCAAGUUUGAAACUGGGUCAUACAGGGUCAGGAACUAGGUCACUCAGUCAAAUCAAAGGAAAAGCAUGUUAACACUCUUGUUCAUUUGAUAUGCAUGAAACUUGGUCAGAAUGUUUGUCUGUGUGAAAUAUGAUAUGAAUUUUUAUCUGGGUCAUGUGGGGUCAAAAACUAGGUGACCAGGUCAGGUCAAAGAAUAAGCUUAUUUACACCCUAGGGGACACAUUUUUUAUUCUCUCUUCAUAAAUUUUGGUCAGUUGGUCAGAAUGUUAUCAUGAAGUCUUGGUCAGGUUCGUAUCUGGGUCAUGUGGGAUAAAAAACUAGGUCACUAGGUCAAAUCAAAGUAAAUGCUUGUUUACACUGAAGAUGCCACGUUUUUUGGUCCAAUCUUACUGAAAAUUGGUCAGAAUAUUUGUUUCCAUGUAAUCACUAGGUAAAACAUGUUUACACUGUUAUGGCGUGUUACACAGGUGAGCGACCUAGGGCCAUCUUGGCCCUCUUGUUUGUCAUUUGUGAAUGGGACAAGCUGAGAUAUUUCUCUAACAAUGACCACCUAUUUCAUUUUAUGCUAUUAUGUCAUAUUUUGUGUUUUGUUGUUUUUAAAAAUAUUUUUUAAUAGAGAACAUCAAGCAAUUUCUUCAUAUUCCUACAGUUUUAAGAACCUCCCAUAUUUGUUGUAUUUUUCUUUAUUUUCAGGGGCGUCAGAAGGUGUUUGAUAUUGGGGCCGCGAGGGGAGUAGGUACGGGAGGGGGUAUCCCCCUUCCUUAAGGGCGGUAAGGGGGACCUCCCCCUGAAUUUUUUUAAAAAACAGGAUCAUAAAUGGCGAGUUCUGGUGCAUUUUAGGGGUACUGAAUCGCAUCUCAAGUCUCCAGUAUUUUCUUACUAUUUACAUGACUAUAAGCAAAAUAAAGUUUAAUAAACUCUUAUCAGAAUUAAUAAUGUGUAACGCAAUACAAAGCAUGCAUGUAUGUUUUUUUUUUUUUGUUUUUUUUUUUUUUAUAUUUAAUGUAUUGAACAAUAAUCAUUCAUGUUACAUUCAUUUCUUAUUUUUGUUUGAAAUAUCAUUUUUUGAGUAAAGACAAUUUAUGUAAUUAACACUUACCUCUUUCAUUAAAUCAAAACAUGAUAAUUAUUUUUCUAAAUUUUAUACGUUAAUACCCUAGAUCUUUGUGGCGGGGUAUAGCUUAAACGUACCAUUGACUAAAGACAUGCCAAUUAAAAACAUGCUGGUUUGUUCAUGCGUAAUUAAGUCCAAUCACAGACACGUGUGUAUGACUCCAAUUAACACCCCCGAUCGUGUCACCGUCACCACGGUAACACACUAAUCUGGACAGCGUGUAUUGUUUAAUGCGAAGCAAAAUUUAGUAUUCUAUACAAAAUAUUGGGUCCGGGGAUCUGCGACUCCAACUUAUGAAUUUACAAAAAAAUCGUUUUUGGGCAAAUUAUUGGGGCCGCAACUGCGGCCCCUGUGGCCCCACUUCCGACGCCCCUGAUUUUGAAUAAUAACUCAAUAUUUUUAGAUAAUGUAGGGAAUUGGGAAGAUUUGAUAAAUUUUACUGCUGUAUAAAGAUUUUAACUGCCACUUACCAAUACCUGUGUUAAAAAAAAUCAAAUUAAAGAAAUUAAAAGUAUGUGCAAAUGAAUCGUAAGAUAGUUGACAAAAUAUAACUAAAUCUAGUCCAUUUUCAUCUUUUUGUAAACAAAAUUGGGCUAUUUCAAAUGUCAAAAUUUCAACAUUUAAGCAAAUUUCUGUCAGAGAUCUUUAAUUUUGUUUUAUUUUUAAUUUAGAAGAAAGUUUAUUGGUGGCUUGGUAAUAUUUGAUAGUUACUGCACCAAAAUAUUUGUAAAAAGCAUAUACUGUGGUAAUUAUUUAUUGUUUUAUUUCAGCAUAUUUAUUGUUAAGUUUAAUGGUCAAAGUUUCCUGUUAAUAGUCAAAGUUAAAUUUCAAAAGCACUUUCACUGUCAUGAAAUCCUUUUUCACCUUUACAUAUUCUGAGUUAUGAAAUCCAUUUUCACAAUUACAUGUUAUGGUCAAAGUUACAAAAUCCUUUGACACUGUAAAUUGUUCAAGUUAUGAAAUCCAUUUUCACUAUUAUAUGUUAUGUCAUGGUCCAAGUUUUAAAAUCCUUUUUCAGUGUAAAUGGCCCAAGUUAUAAAAUCCAUUUUCACUGUUAAUGGUUCAAGUUAUGGAAUCCAUUUUUACAUUUAUUGAAUGGUACAGAUUUUAUUUAAGUAUUGGUUUAGCAUCAGAGUGUUACAUUUUAGAUGUAAAUAAUGUUAUUUCAUAUAUUUAUACCCCCACCAAACAUGUUUGAGGGGGGUAUAUAGGAGUCAGUUUUGUCGCGUCCCGUCCCGUCCCGUCCCCUUCCGUCCCGUCCCGUCCCGUCCCGAAAUCUAUUAUCUCAGUUAUUACCAAAUGGAUUUGAUUCGAACUUAAAUACAUGUUCCACCUUAUCACCCACAUCAUGUGACACAAGGUGCAUAACUCUUGACACCAAGUUUUCAUGAAUUAUGUCCCCUUUUACUUAGAAUUUAAGGUUAAUUUUGUUGUAUUUUCACUAUAUCUCAGUUAUUACUAAAUGGAUUUGAUUCAAACUUAAAAUAGAUGUUCCACCUCAUCACCCACAUCAUGUGACAUAAGGUGCAUAACUCUGACACCAUUUUUUUUAUGAAUUAUGCCCCUUUUUACUUAGAAUUUAAGGUUGAUUUUGAUGUAUUUUCACUUUAUCUCAGUUACUACUGAAUGGAUUUGAUUCAAACUUAAAAUAGAUGUUCCACCUCAUCACCCACAUCAUGUGCCCACAUCAUGUGACACAAGGUGCAUAACUCUUGACACCAAGUUUUCAUGAAUUAUGUCCCCUUUUACUUAGAAUUUAAGGUUAAUUUUGUUGUAUUUUCACUAUAUCUCAGUUAUUACUAAAUGGAUUUGAUUCAGACUUAAAAUAGUUGUUCCACCUCAUCACCCACAUCAUGUGACAUAAGGUGCAUAACUCUGACACCAUUUUUUUUAUGAAUUAUGCCCCUUUUUACUUAGAAUUUAAGGUUGAUUUUGAUGUAUUUUCACUUUAUCUCAGUUACUACUGAAUGGAUUUGAUUCAAACUUAAAAUAGAUGUUCCACCUCAUCACCCACAUCAUGUGCCCACAUCAUGUGACACAAGGUGCAUAACUCUGACACCAAGUUUUCAUGAAUUAUGUCCCCUUUUACUUAGAAUUUAAGGUUAAUUUUGUUGUAUUUUCACUAUAUCUCAGUUAUUACUAAAUGGAUUUGAUUCAAACUUAAAAUAGUUGUUCCACCUCAUCACCCAGAUGAUGUGACAUAAGGUGCUUAACUCUGACAUAAAUUUUUUAUGAAUUAUGUCCCCUUUUACUUUAAAUUUAAGGUUGAUUUUGAUGUAUUUUCACUAUAUCUCAAUUAUUACAAAAUGGAUUUGAUUCAAACUUAAAAUAGAUGUUCCACCUCAUCACCCACAUCAUGUGACACAAGGUGCAUAACUCUGACACCAAUUUUUCAUGAAUUAUGCCCCUUUUUACUUAGAAUUUAAGGUUAAUUUUGAUGUAUUUUCACUAUAUCUCAAUUACUACUGAAUGGAUUUGAUUCAGACUUAAAAUAGAUGUUCCACCUCAUCACCCACAUCAUGUGACACAAGGUGCAUAACUCUGACACUAUUUUUCUUGAAUUGUGUCCCCUUUUACCUAGAAUUUAAGGUUAAUUUUGAUGUAUUUUCACUAUAUCUCAUUCUGAUUGGCUUAGAGCCAAAGGGAAGUAAUCUUUUUUUAACCUUUGUACUGAGUUUCUUCCCCUUAAAUUCCAGGAAUUAGUCUAUUUUUAGAAAUCCUAUUUUUAGAUUUUCAAUAUUUUAGGUAUUUUUCUAACUUUUUUAUUAUAAGUCCUAUGUAAAAAGUAAAAACAUUUUUCCGUGGUAACAUGGGUGGGUAAGACACUUUUUUGUAUUCACUUUUAGUGUAUCUCUAAUAUUAGAGAUUUAAUAUAUUUACUAGUAUUACUAUACUAGUAUUAUACUAGUAUUACUUAUAUGUGGAAGCCCAGGAUGAAGUACUCCAAAGUAUUUUUAAGAUUCCUUAUGGUUGCCAUUCUUCUGUGACAAGACCGUAUGGUGGGGGUAUGAGUCACUUCUGUGACAGUUCAAGUUGAUAUUAACUUAAUAUAUUUGUAAUCGAUAUAAGAUAUGUUUUAGAUUAUAUGUCUACAUUUCUUCAGUUUAAGUUUUUUAAUAUAUUAUUUUUGUUUGCUGUUGUUAAUGUAUUGUUUUUCAGUGCCAGUCUUUUAGAUAUUUAAUUUCUUUAUGAGAGAUAUUUAAGUUUCUUACACUCAAGUUUUUGUAUCAUAUGAAACAUUGAAUGAAGCUUACACUUUUAAGCAAAUUUAUGAAUUUUUUCAGAAACCGGGGAUAGAUAUUAUGGCCUGGUUGAGCAGAAGGGCUCAUUGUGUAGAAUAUGACAGGAGAGAAUGAAGUUAUCAGAUCUACUGUUAUGGUGAAGUUUUCUUUUGAAGCAGGUUAUAUUUACAUGUGUGGCUUCAUCUGAGUGUUAAAUGACGUGAUAAGGUUUCUGAUGAUAUUGAUUGACUAAAACAGGAAAAAAACAUCAUGAAAAUAAAACAAGAAAGAAAAAACGACAUGAAAAUUGAUACAAGAUUCAAAAUUGGUUUCUGUCCGAUAUGUUUUAUUGAGAAAUGAUAAAGGGUUUAAGGUACGCAUGCAUGUGUUGAGUGCUAGUUGCUACUGUCUGUGAUAUAUAUGUAAUUCUUGUUUAACCAGCAAGUACUAGUUAAUAAAGUGUUGUUUCAAUCUGUAUAUCUGUUGAAACUGCUCAUUCAGCCCUCUGUGAUUUUAUAUUUGAUACGAUAUGCCCUCAUACUUUUCAGACAAAAUUGGCCAUAUUGUUGGGGACAGAAUUCCCACUUUUUUUUAGCUCGACUAUUCAAAGAAUAGUCUAGCUAUUCUACUCACCCUGGCGUCGGCGUCGGCAUCGGCGUCACACCUUGGUUAAGUUUUUGCAUGCAAGUACAUACAGCCAUCAAUUAAAGGCAUAUAGCUUUGAAACUUAUUUUUUUCUUUUUCUAGGUCAAUUACCAACCUCUCUGGGUCAAGUCCCAUAACUCUGACAUGUAUUUUGAGCAAAUUAUGCCCCCUUUUGGACUUAGAAAAUUCUGGUUAAAGUUUUGCGUGCCUAAGUACAUACAGCUAUUUCUAAAAGGCAUAUAGAUUUGAAACUUAUUUUUUCUUUUUCUAGAUCAAUUACCAACCUCACUGGGUCAAGUUCCAUAACUCUGACAUGUUUUUUGAGCAAAUUAUGCCCCCUUUUAGACUUAGAAAAUUUUGGUUAAAGUUUUACAUGCAAGUUAUUAUCUCCAAAACUAAUGCAGAUAUUGAUUUGAAACUUCACAUGUGUCUUCGGGGUUAUAAAACUAGUUGAUAGCAGCAAGUCCCAUAACUCUGACCUUCAUUUUGGCCAAAUUAUGCCCCCUUUUGGACUGAGCAAAUUCUGGUUAAAGUUUUGUGUGCAAGUACAUAAGCUAUUACUAAAAGGCAUAUAGAUUUGAAACUUAUUUUUUCUUUUUCUAGAUCAGUUACUAACCUCACUGGAUCAAGUUCCAUAACUCUGACAUGUAUUUUGGGCAAAUUAUGCCCCCUUUUGGACUUUGAAAAUUCUGGUUAAAGUUUUACAUGCGAGUUUCUAUCCCCAAAACUAAUGCAGAUAUUGAAUUGAAACUUCACAUGUGCCUUAGGGGUUAUAAAACUAGUUGAUAGCAGCAAGACCCAUAACUGAUAUGUAUUUUGGUCAAAUUAUUCCCCCUUUUGAACUUAAAACUCUUUUGAUAUUUAACCUUUUUAGGUUAUAUUUUCCUGCCUCUGGGACAAUAUUUCGAAUAGUCGAGCUUGGCUGUCUUACGGACAGCUCUUGUUCAUUAUGCCCCCCACCACCCCCAACCUUGAAGAAGUGGGGGCAUAUUGCUUUACCCAAUGUCUGUCACAUUAGUUGGCCGAUAUGUCCAUCUGUUGAUGGAGUGAAUGGUUUCUGCCCAAUAACUUGAGAAACACUUGACCCAGAUUGUUCGAACUUGGUAGCCUGAUUGGGCUUAUUAAGUAGAUGACCCCUAUUGUUUUGGGGGUCACUAAGUCAAAGUCAAGGUCGCAGGGCACUGAAACUUUAAACAGUUGCCACUCAAUUACUUGUGAACCACUGAACCCAGAACCUCUAAACUCGAUGAAAUUCUGCCAUACAUUCCAAUCUAAUUUUAAGUAAUUCUAUAAGCAAUUUUAUAAUUUGAUAGGUAUUUAAACCUGAUUAUUUUGAAUUUAUUAUGUGUAUAAUUAUGUGUCUAACUAUUUCAAACCAGUUUGUACAUACCGGUAUUAUAUUACAUUAUGAUAAUAAAAGGUUAAGAUAUUUAAUCUACACUUUAAAAGACACAGUACAUGUACUUUCUUUUGUAAUUUUAUCAGGAUAUUUUUAUAGUUUAUUACUUGUAAUAUCUUGAAAUUAAUCAAAUGUGUAAAAAUCUAAGCUGUUAAAGUCAAAAAGUGAAAUAAUAUUUACACUUAAAGAUGUGUAAUUAAACUUGAGACUUAAGAUUGUUUUGUCAUAUUUUAGACAUAGUUAAAGCAGUUUAUGUUUAAUGAUGACUUAUUUUGGCUACUUUUGCUUUUUAUUGUCUCUUUAAUCUUGUGUAAUUUAUUUUUCUGUAUAGGCUGUACAGUAGUAAAUAAAUUUGCUAUAUUGUUCUAUAUAAAAUUAACAAUCUUCUGAGAGCUGUAACACAUAGCCAGGCCAAUUUAAAAAAGAAUUUCUAGCCGUAUGUUCUUAAAUGGACAAUAAACCAUCAAAAAAUACCAAGGAAAGUAGGGUUCAUAUAAUGUUAUAUGUGUUAUAUAUACAUAUUAUGUUCUAAGAGAAAUUUUUUGUCAGACAGGUCAACUCUGUGGAGAUCUUCCAAACUGACAGCUGAAAUGUGGGUAUGAACACAUGAAUAAUAAGGUUACAUUUCUAGAAAUGCAAAAGAAUCUCCUUGAAAAUGCUACCCAAGGUCAAAUAUAGGUCUACAAUGAAAUAGAAACAGGACACGGCUUACAUCAAACUGUAACUGGGAAAAAAUAAGGAUUUUUUCCUUUCUGCCAUUGUCUGUCUAUAGUUCAAAAGUGUUGCUUGAUUACCUAUUUAGUACUAUUUGACCUCUAUUUUCAUGUAACAAGUUUGGCUUUUUGUUCACUUAACUUGAAUAAAUUAAAGUACAACUUGAUUUUAUUUUACAUUUGGAGACUCAGUUAGAAAACUAGGAGUUCAAAAUAUAGAAAUGUUAUGUGGUAUUUCUUUAACAAGAGGCAGUCAUUGGGUGAAAAUUGUCAAUAAAGAUAAUCUUAGAACAGUUUUUUGCUAGGUUUCCAGCAAAAUAAAAAGUUUGAACCAAUUAUAUUUUUUAAAUAAAUGUCUUCUUCUCAUAUAAAGUUUUAAAAAUAGUUUUUUCAAACUUUAACCCUUACCCUGCUAAAUUUCUAUAAUGAACUUGUCCAUCUUUCAAUUUGGACAGUAGUAGUACCAUUAACUGUUGAAAUGGCUGCUUAUCAAAAAGAAAAAGAUACUGACUGAAUGGCGAACAGUGAAGAUCAUGAUCAGACUGUAUGGAUGUGCAGGCUGAUUAUGAUCUACACUGGCCGCAAAGUCAGAAAUAAUCGUGUCCAGCAUGAUUUGGGUUAAAGAAUUCCAUAUCAGACUUGAGGAAAGCAAGGUAUUUUUGACAGUUUAUUAAUAUUUAAAACUUUGAAUUAUAGGUAUUUCAUAUAGAUAAUCUGUUAUAUGACUUCUUAAAUAAAAUGCUGUUCCAUAGUAUGUACUGUAUGACCAGUCUAUUUUCAGCACUAAAUUUUACUGGAUUAAAGUCAAAAUUUAUUAUUUCUGAUUUCAUGUAGUAACAGUUAUUGAAUGGCUUGCUAGUCAGAAGUCUCAGUCCUUAGGACAUUAGGGAAAUAAUUUUGACUAUUAACCAGCAAGCCAAAAAGUCAAAAGGUGUAUAAUGUUGAACCACGAAUUGGAGAAAUAACCAUUUAGAUAAUAAGCAAAAAUAUACCUUGAACUUCAGAUAUUUUGCACACUAUAUGAGCCGCGCCAUAAGAAAACCAACAUAGUGCAUUUGCAACCAGCAUCUGCGCAGUCUGGUCAGGAUCCAUGCUGUUCCCUAGCAGUUUCUCUAAUUUCAAUAGGCAUUGAAAGUGAACAGCAUGGAUCCUGACCAGACUGCAUGGAUGAACAGGCUAGUCUGGAUCCAUGCUGGUCGCAAAUGCACUAUGUUGGUUUUCUCAUAGUGUGUCUCAUAUACUGUAGGCUACCUAGUAUUGCACUUCUUUCAAUCUGAUAUGUACAGUCAAGAAACUUUAUGCAUUAGUAGGCAGUCACAGUGUCAAACCUGCAGAAGUUUUAUAGUAUGUACUGACUAAUAAAUAUGUCUAACAUAUACAGUACAUUUUGUUUUUAACCUUUACCUUGCUGAAUUUCUAAAAUGGACUGGUCCAUCAUUCAGUUUGGGCAAAACCAUUUAUUAUCUGAAGGGGUGUUCACUGAAAAUUUAAUGACUGAUCAGCGGCCAGUGCAGACCAUGAUAAGCCUGAUCUUGGUCUGCACUGGCCGCAGAGCCGCUGGAAGGCUAAAGGUUAAGUUGUUUUGAAUAUCAGUACUUGAAAAUAGAACAGUAUUUGAAAAUAAAAUGCUGUAUAUUAUGUAGUUUAUAGGGUUAAAAAGCAAAUAGUGUGUCUAUUUCCAGCUGAUUUUAAAUAUUCAGAUGUGAAUUGUUUACACAGAAUUUUCAAUAAAAGUUUGAAACAGCA